ACUACAGAAUACAAACUAGAGUUUAUGAUUGUGGAUGUUGCCCAGUACAGGCUAUUUAAGUCACCAGGUGUGUGGGAAAAUAAUUCUGACUCAACCCACCGGGUCCUUAAACUUAAACUUGCCAACAAAGGAAUAGAUGCUGUGAACAUUAACAUUCUUGAUCAUAAAAAGUUAAGUCUUUCAAUCCACCAUAUUUCAGUUGAAGUGUGCACCCUGCUUUUCCUACAGAUACAUGUGUAUUCCCAAAAAGUUGCAUCCAAACUUUUCAAUUAUAAACGAACCUUACAGGGCGCAUAUAUUUGACCAUCUAAAACAAAAUCCUCCUACGUGUUCUUGCUCUUGUUUUUUUUUUUCAACUACAGUCCAGCUGUACACGUCAUUACUGUUGAUGUCAAUGUAAUUGAAAACCAAGACCUAAAAGCAAUCAUAUUAAAAGGUCCUAAAUACAGGGAGCCCCGAUCUUUCAAUUGGCGACAGAACUUCUUUUCUACUUUGAAUUCUGUGAAAGAUUUUGCCAGACGUUUGGCUAAAUAUGAAAAGGAAUAAUUAAACACUUUGCCAGAAUGGAUUAAGUGGUUUAGAAAUAUAUUAAAGAAAGGAUGUUUUGCUGACUUUAGACCAUAAAAGCCAACUAAAAGGUAAAAUUGUAUGACAAGCUUUUCCAUCGUCAACUUUCCUUAUUUAUGUAGUAACAUUCCGCUAUCACCUGCAUAAGGGAUUUAUGUUUCCCAACUUAUUCGAUACUCAACACCAAGCUCCAAGUACGAUCAGUUUUUAAACCGAAGAGGACUACUGACAGAUAAGUUGAUGUUACAGGGAUUUCAAAAACCUAGUUUAAAGUCAGCAUUUUGCAAAUUCUAUGGUCGUUAUAAUGACCUUUUUAGCAAAUAUAACCUACCAUUGGGUCGUAUUUUGACUGACAUGUUUCAUACUAAUUGUUAGGCCUUUGUUUUUAUACUAAAUUUGACUACGAAAUGUUUCGUCUAAUUGAUCAAUACAUUGGACCCACGGUGGUUGUGACCGGUCAUCAGGGAAUGCUUACUCCUACUGGGCACCUGAUCCCACCUCUGGAAUUUCCAGGGGUCCGUGUUUUAUAUCCUUUUCACAGAUUUGUAUUAUUUAAAGAUUUUUUUAGAUCGAUUCCUGUUCGUUGUUUUCACCUUUUUUAUCGUACCUAAACAAAAAUAAUUUAAAAAAAACUCUGUAAAUUAAAACAUCAGUAAUAAGGACCAAAAUUGUUCUGGCAUUUUUGGGUGGGAUUUCCUAUUUUUCUUAUCAUAUGUAAAUGUGUGCGAAGAAACCAGAUGUUCCUAUGUAGAUGUUCCGAUAAAAUUGCAUGUUAAAAGCCUUAAUCAUAUAUGUAGCUUACCUAAAUUGUAUCCUUUUGUUUUUUAUGUCUUAAAUAGAAAGACAAAUUUACAAUUCAUGAGUGUACUUUUCCUAAAAUGGUUUGGAUUUGCUUGACUUCAUUUAUAAAUGUCAUUUGUCUUUUAAGAAUUUAAAAACAUUAAAAUGCAAAUAGAAAAAGUAAUAAAAUAUCCUCUUAAAAGAUUGGUCCAUCCUUAGUUUAUAUUAGUUUUUAACGAGCCGUUGACCUCAAACUGCUCAUGGUGGAUUGAAGAUGGUCGCUAAGAGAAAAGCAUUGUCCUGUGCCGUUAUCUUUAUACGGGUAUUCCUAGUUUUUUCGCAGAAUGAAGUGGUGAAUUGGAACUCUUCGUGGACUGUCGCUAAUUCCCUUUGUGAGUUGGCAGGUUCCCGACUGACAGGAGAAGUAACAGCAAAUAAAAUAGACAUCACUGACAUCACAACGGAAGGACAGGCAUGCUGGAUUGGAGCUGUGUCACAGCAUACUCCUUGGUUUGAUGUUUUCACAUGUAAGGUAGUAACUGAGAAGGAUUUCAUCAAAAAAGUUAGCGUUCAAGUGAAUGACAACAACCGACCUGUCCACCAUUGCUUUAAAGAAUGUGAACAGUACAGAGUCUUUGGUUUGUCUAAAAGUACAUGCUAUUGUUUCAACAAUCUACAAAUCUCUGGGGACCUUUGCCAAAACGUAAGAGUGUCAACCUCCUCUUUCGAUAUUUAUGGAGAGUCCGCCAGUACGGGGAUUGACCAGGCUGCCGUAUUACAGUAUGACACAAACUCGCUGAACCCGAGACCCAUUCCGUAUAAUGGCACAGGGACUGGGGAUUGUGUAGCAGCCAUUCUUGUUCCGGGAGAAUCUUUAUAUUCUAGAUCUUCCCACAAACUACUGCCUUGUGAUACACAGCUACCAUACAUUUGUAAUGGCCAGCUUAUGCCUGGACCUGUUGACUGGGCUGACGCAGUCCUUCAGUGUGACGUUGUACUGAGUUCUGUCCACCAAGGACUCUACUCCAUGGAGGUGCAGAGAACAACUGUAGCAUGGACCGGGAUUUCACGCCGCAGUGACCUCCACUGGACGAGUGAUGUUACGUUAAAUGAAAAUUCUCUUUUCAACUGUUUGGCUAUAAGCAUGAGUGCAAACGGUGAAGCGACCAUCUCCAAGAAAGACUGCAAAGAAGAGUUACCAUUUCUCUGCAAAAAAGGCACAUUAAAAACAACAACUUUGAAAUCAACAACUCUAGGGGAGACAACUUCUAUGGUAAUUAGAACCGAUUCUGCAACUUCUACAACUGUGCAGACAACCACUGCUGAUGAAACAAGGACAACCGUAUCAUUGACAACACAAACUGAAAAAUUAACUUCGAAGACGACGAUUUCCCCACAACCUGACACUACAUCUGAAUCAACUACAGAUCAAUACUCGUCAAUAUUUACGUCACAAACAUCAGAUCAUAGCACCAGCGACUGGCAAAUAACAACCAUGGAUACGACUUACAACACUACAAAUUCUACCACAGAAGACUUGCCUUAUCAAAGUGAUAGUGGAUACCUGCUAAUGUUGGCUGCCAUUUUAGCAGGGAUAGUACUUAUGGUAGUUAUAGUUGUUCUAUGUCUGAUCUACAAAAGAGAAAGGACAAGGCAUUUGUUUACGCCUGCCGAAAAGAAACAAAAUGCAGACCUUAUCUACAGUGUCGUCAAGAGAAAGAAGUGCCAUACGAAAGAACUACGCGACAUUUUGGACUCCUUUUCAGAAAAGUCUGACGACCCCAGGUACGAAAUGCAAAUGACGGAGAAACUUCCGUCAGAUUUCUUUGUAAACAACUGUUACAGUCCAUCUGAUGAGGAAAUGCCCGAUGACCCCUCUCACUGGUACCGCUCUAGUCUGUUGAUACAAGUGGUCCCAGACGGACAGACACACUCACUGGCCAUCACUGACUUGGAACCGUCUACGGGCCUAGAGACGGGAGAUGACCUCUACAAUCACAUCAUCAGAAAUGUACACGACGGAGAUUUUGAUCCUCUGGGAGGCGACUUCGGCAACACUCAAAGACACGCCACCUCUGAUGGAGGUUACUCAUCAUUGGAGGACCUCAAAUCAUGGAGACCCUAGCUACAUAACAGACGAUAGCGAUGCACACACCAUUCUCAUUCCAUUUUAAUUCCUAUGCUUUUAUUUUACCAUUUUGCAUUUUAUGUAUAUAGGAAGUCGAUUGAAAUGUACAGCAUUAAAAAUAAAUGCUUUAACUCUAUAUAUUUAUAUUUAA